UACAAAAUCGAAUGUGCUCGUGUUGGAUGCAUUUGCGAAUCUUCCUAAGAGCUCUUGCUCGGUGGUGUGUUCGUGGGAGGAGGUUUUACGGAUUUCGCCAGAUUUAACGUAUUUUUCGACACGAAAAACGAUUAUAACGUAAUCCGAUCGGUGCGUUAAAAUUCGCUCGUAACUUUUAAGCAGUUACGAACGAGCGAACGAAUGUUUUUUCUCGACAUUUUAAACGAAGAAUCGGUUGCGGAAGAUUUCGAUAGGCAUUGGUCGCCAUACAAACGAAGAUUCAACCUUCACCGAACGAUUUGACUGAUUUUUGAGAUCCAGUCACCGAAAACUUUCAUCAUUCCGUCAAUAACCGAGAGCCGACCCGCAGGGUGGCGAUCAUUUGAUAAGGGUUCUAUCUGCGAUAGGCUGGUAGGCCAGUCUAUUGGUGGGUGUGUGAAUACCUGCGGCAACUGGAAGUUGGCCCUGAACGCAGAGCCCCCGUGGCUUUGCUAGCACCCCCAUAGUGAUCUUGUCUUAAUCCGCCUCCCCACGACCCACAUAAUUCUCGUUGACAGCUGCCUCUUUGCUGCCUAGUGCCUACAGAGUAUCUCUUAGAAAUUUAAAACAAUCAACAUGAAGGUCACAAAUCUGGACGAACGUAUCCAUGUUUUGGACGGUGCGUCAAACGUUAUGAGCGUCAUCAAAGAUAUUGCAUUGAGUGGGUUGCAAGAAGAAGCUUUCUAUGUACUUGAUAUUGGAGAUAUUGUUCAAAAACAUCAAAUCUGGAAAGAAAAACUACCACGUGUUAAUCCAUACUAUGCCGUGAAAUGCAAUGAUAAUUUAGUUGUAAUUGAAGUACUAGCUGCUCUUGGUAUUGGUUUUGAUUGUGCAUCAAAAACGGAAAUUAAUAAAGUAUUAAGCGUUGGAGUAGACCCAUCAAGAAUUAUAUUUGCCAAUCCAGCUAAGCCUGCAUCUCAUAUUCGCCAUGCUGCUGCAGUUGGAGUUGAUGUAAUGACAGUGGACAAUGAAAGCGAGCUACAUAAAAUUAAAAAGCUUCAUUUAGAUGCGAAGAUUGUUAUUAGAAUUCGUUGUGACGCAGAAGUUGCUCAGUGUCAAUUGGGCAUGAAAUUUGGUUGUGAUCCCAUAUAUGAAGCACCUAAUCUUUUGCGUCUUUCGCGUAUGUUAGGACUUAAUGUUGUUGGUAUCAGUUUCCAUGUUGGUUCUGGUUGUCAAGAUCCACCAGUAUUUUAUCGAGCUAUACGACACGCCAAAUCAUUGUUCGAUUUGGCUACAGAUCUUGGUUUCAAGCCAUAUCUAUUAGAUCUCGGCGGUGGUUAUCCAGGAAAUAAGGGUACCAAUAUUGAUAAAAUUGCUGAUGUUAUUAAUAAAGCACUUGACGAGUAUUUUAACACUGAUGCUGUUCAUGUAAUCGCUGAGCCUGGUCGAUUUUAUGUUGCCUCCGCAUUUACACUUGCUACAAAUAUUCAUAGCAAACGAUCAGUGCGUGGUGAGGAAAGUUCACCAACCACAAUCACGCACAAUAUGUAUUAUAUCAAUGAUGGCGUUUAUGGUUCCUUCAAUUGCCUACUUUAUGAUCAUCAGCAUGUUACUCCUAUACCUUUAAAGAAAGGUUAUGGUAAGAUGAUUCCUUCAAGUAUUUGGGGGCCCACUUGCGAUGGUCUAGAUCAAGUUGCGGAAAAUAUUUUAUUGCAUGAAAUGGAUCUUGGUGAUUGGAUAAUUUUUGAAAAUAUGGGAGCAUACACAUUACCUGUUGCUUCUCCAUUUAAUGGAUUCCCUGUACCAAAGGUUCACAUCGUCGCUGAAGAAAGCAUUUGGGAUAAAUCUGCCGAGCUGCUAAAACUUAAAAAACUAAUAAAUUGAUAAACUAAUUUGGAGAAAAAAAAUAAUUUCUUGCCCCUAAAUUCGGAGAAAUGAAUUAUUAUCGAAAAAUCGCUAAUUUAAUACACCCCACAAUCGGGGUAUUUAUCAACUGAUCAACUCUUUACUCACGAUAUUGUUAAAAUUAACCAAUUACAGUUUGGUAAGAAGGAUAGAUUUUUAAAAUAACUAAUCUGGUAUGAGUAUUUUAAAUGUAUUCACAUAGCUGUGAGCUAUUUAAUGGUUGAUUUUAUUGUUGGUAAAAUUUUCGAAUUUCUGCUACAAUAUCUAAUAUAUUGUCUCUAGGAUUAUUGGACAUUUUUGAUGAUUAGUUUUUAAUGAAGAAGUGCAACACUUCUUAAAAUAAAAAGAAACAGUUGGGAGACAUGCGUUGGGUGACAUGAAGUAUACAUGUACUCAAAAUGUCUAUUUAGUGAUAAAAAGAUUGUCCCAAGGUCAAUGUAGAGGUUAUUUCAAGGUUAUCGUCGUCAUUUGUCCUAUGAACACUAGCGUUAUAUUGUGCGAUAUUUUAGUCAAUGCCAAAAUGAGUUCAACGACCUAUGACUUCAUGACCUUAGAAUGACAUUAGAAAUAGGAAGUAAGUUUAAAUUUGAACAAUACUUAGAAUUGAAUUCAAAUCAUGAAAUUUCGGCCAUUUUCGUCAAUACAUCGCAAGCAUAUUUGGAUCAUCACAGCAUUUCGGUAAAUUUGGUAGAUACUUUAAAGUAUUUUCAGGACUUAAAGGAUUAGCUGCAGGAUACGUAUCGAUACAAUUAUAAUUAUGCAAAAGUGACUUUUACACUACACGAUUUUAAAACGCGUUGUUGAAUUCCGAGAAAAGUUUGUCAGUACUAACACGGUCUAUAAUGAAAUAUCGUCAUAAUUUAAUCCGAAAGUAUUAUAUUUUAAUCUGGCAAUAAGUGCUUCUGUUUGAAAAUAGUGUUAAUAAGUGUGUUAAUCAGAGGUAUCACGUUGCUGAGGUAAAUGCGUAAUUCCAUUCUCCAUAAAAAGAUAGAUUUGUGGUGAGAUAAUUUAUGAGUGUGGAACUAAUCCACUAUAAGCUUUGCUCACUCUUCGCGUAAUUAUAUAGUUCGCAAGCUUGAAAGAUAGCUCUUGCUCACGAAAGCCCUACUCGGAUAAGGCCGCACUGCACAGCGUAGGCAAAGGUAUUGCAUUAAUGUAUAGUGAAAGUCAAUCCAUUUUUACAAGAAACACUAGGUUUGUAUGCAUGAAGGUUUCCAACUCGUGUAAAUACGUCCUUCAUAUCACAGGGAAUAAAAAAUUAUAAAGCAGUUUCGAGAAACCGGUAACGUAAACGUUAAAAGACGCAAUAGCAUCGAACUUCUGUCUGAUAACGCGAUAAGUAAUUUGAAAACGUCGUAUUAAUUAAAUCAUUCUACGCAUUUUAUAAUUAGAUCAAGUUUGAUUUUAUCACUGAAAUUUAUAUUUAAACCAAAAUAUUUUGAUUUAUAAAUCUAUCAAAGUUAAAUAAUUCGCAUUAUAUUCUGCUGUUUUUCUCUGGCUCAUUUUCAUCAUUUUAAUCAAAUUCAGUAAAAAGCUACAGUUUUAUUUUGGAUGAUUAUUUAUUCAAUUUCGUACGUAACUAACGUAUAUAAUAUUCAAUAUGGUUAAAGGAAAGAGAUAAAUAAAAGCUAUUUUUUAUGAACGUACUACUAUUAAAACGUCUACUAUUGCUAAUUUAUUUACUUUACUAAUUUAUGAACGUCUACUAUUAAAAAUAUUUCACUUUUUCAAAAUAAUGUUAUUGUAUGCGACUUUUAUAUUGCAGCUGGGCAGCAUGUUACUUAAGAUUUAUAAAAACAAUAUUAGCUGUAA